UCUGGUUUCCUGUGCGCCCUCUGGCUGCGCGGACGCUGCUGCAUUGAAAAUUAGCUGGCCGCAGCCUUUCAGGGACUCCUCUUUGCGGACCUCCGGAGACUACAGUGCAAUAAAUAUGGCAGCAGAGCUAUCCACUUCCAUAAACAUCAAGGAGCCCCGUUGGGACCAGAGCACAUUUGUAGGUCGGGCUAAACAUUUCUUCACCGUCACAGAUCCCAGGAACGUCCUCCUGACAAACGAACAACUAGCACACGCGCACAAAAUCAUCACUGACUACAGGCAGGGUAUAGUCUCUCCGGGGCUAACGGAGGAUGAACUGUGGAGAGCCAAAUAUGUUUUUGACUCAGCUUUCCAUCCCGACACCGGAGAGAAGAUGAUCCUGAUAGGUCGCAUGUCAGCACAGGUUCCAAUGAACAUGACGAUCACUGGAUGCAUGAUGACGUUUUACAAGACAACUCCUGCUGUGUUGUUCUGGCAGUGGAUCAAUCAGUCUUUCAAUGCAAUAGUCAAUUAUACCAACAGGAGCGGCGACGCCCCCAUAACAGUCGGUCAGCUUGGCACAGCUUAUGUGUCUGCCACCACAGGGGCAGUUGCCACCGCUCUAGGACUAAAUUCACUAACAAAGCACAUUUCACCUCUGAUUGGACGGUUUGUUCCCUUUGCUGCUGUAGCUGCUGCUAACUGUAUCAACAUCCCACUGAUGAGACAAAGAGAACUCCAGCAUGGUAUCCCUAUAACAGAUGAAAAUGACAACAGGUUAGGAGAGUCAACAAAGGCCGCACAGCAGGCGAUCUCUCAGGUUGUGGUUUCCAGGAUCCUCAUGGCUUCUCCAGGAAUGGCUAUUCCCCCAUUUUUAAUGAACCAUUUGGAAAAGAAGGCCUUUCUGAGGAAGUUCCCAUGGAUGAGUGCACCUAUUCAGGUCAGCCUGGUGGGAUUCUGCCUUGUAUUCGCUACGCCACUCUGCUGUGCGUUGUUCCCUCAGAAAAGCUCUAUGUCAGUCAGCCGCUUGGAGCCUGAGCUGCAGGAGAAAAUCCGUGCCAACCACCCAGGAGUGGAGAGGGUUUACUUCAACAAAGGGCUAUGAGUGUGUGCAACCCCGUCCCCCCAACCUCAUCCGAACACUGCCAUAGCACAGAUGCAGGCUCGGUCCUCACCUCUCUGCCAGCUCUCCUCAUUCAGUGUGCCAAAGUUAAGUUUUACUCUCCUCAUUUCCACCAGUUCAGAUGGAUAUCUGAGGACUCUCCCUCUCUCUGUCAGUCCCUUUGUUAUGAGAUGUUCACUUUUGUCUAUGUGAUUGUAGAUUUUACUGACACUGCUGAAGUUCUCCAAGCAGGAUGAAAAGUUUGAUGUUUAUCUUGACAGAUGUAAAGUGGCCCAUUGUUUUCUUCUGUGCCAUGUUUUAUUACUUUAAAGCCGGUGACUUUGUUAUGUGCCAUAUGUUGCCAUGAAACCACUGUCACAUCCUUCUGCCCGGCAGUUUUUCUUUUCUCUUAUCUUCAUUCUGACGGCUCAGAUCUGAUUAUUAUUACAUUGUUCUCUGCAGUUCUUGCAUUUGCCAAAUCUGUACUUUUAAGGCCUCUACCAAGGAUUACAGCCUGCUGGUAUUCUCUUUAAACUACCUGCCAAAUGAGUAAUAAACAAGCUUUCUCCAGGGAACCACCCUAUAAAGUUUGAUGUUAAGAUGGGCCAACACGGUGCUAUUUCAUGUCUUAAUAAUCAGUGUUUGUUGUUCUAUUUAUUCUACUCACUAGUAAUGUGUGAACAAACCACUCUCUGGUUUUUUGAAAAGUAUUUUUUCUGCCACUUUAGUAACACAGAGGCUGCGUUCAGGAACACUGAAAACACACAAGUUCCCACUUCCAUAAAGCCUAAUUCUCAGAAGAUUUAAUUACUACCACACAAAGUGACACAUUUUAAAUUGAUCUGGAAGUUUACUCUAAUGUUCUCCUUGAGGUUUUAGAUUUUUAUCUGUAUUUCAGAGUGUUAGAUAUAAAUGUUGGUGUUUCUGCAGGAUGGCCCGUCACCAAUGUUCAGCCUGCAUUGAAGGCUCCAAACAAUGACACAUUUCAAGCCUGUUGAGUUUGAGGAAUGCACAAACCCCCAGCCAAAAAGAUCUGCAGCAAAGACCUCCAGUCUGCUUUUAUUAUAUUAUCUUAGUCAUAUCAGCAAGUUCAAGCUAAGUGAGCUGAUAAAGCAGGUCCAUUUAACGUUCUGUGCUUUUGUUCUGCAGUCAGCGUUCAGAUAACAUCGUCUGCCGGGUGUGUUUGGACACAGUUGGUCCAAAACCACUUUGGCAGCUACUGUAACUUCACAUCUGGGGCCAUGCCAAACUCAUCACUGGACAUUUUUAAAAUCAGGGAUGAGAGUGAAAAAAGGAUUAACUGAAAGCCACAAAACUCACACCUUUAGCCGAACUCAAAUGUGUUUUGAAUCACUACAAUGCAAAUGAAAUGCUUGUGAAAAUUUUAACAACUCGUGAUUUUUUUUUUUGUAAGGUGUUUUUAAUGUUUAACACUCUGUAAUCUCCUUGGAUAUGUUGCUGUAAAAGUACAUUUUAGAUUUUCAGUGUUUUCAGAGAGACGUAUUGGAGCUGUCUCCAGGUUAUUUGAAGUGAAAUUUGUUACUCUAGUGUUCACGGUGACUGAAUGUAGCAUUUUCCAGUUCCAGCUAUUUACAGUGUGUUAGUCUAGAAAAGCACAAUGUUGUAGCAGGUUUCCAAAUGCUGCAUAAUUUUAAGACGUGUUAAACCUGUUCAGUUUCCUGACCGCACCGAUUUUCAGUCCAUCUUUGAUCAAGGGGAGUAAGAAAAAAAAAAGGAUAUAUAAAUACUGGACUUGCCCAUAAUCUCACAUAUGAGCCAACUCCUCUUUGCACUUGAAGAUAAAUUUGACUAACAUUUAAUUCAGAAAAUUCAAGCUACCAAAUGAAAUUUCAUCACAGCCAAAGUGAUACAAAUCAACUCAAGAGGAAGUCAUUUAUAGCUUGCAUUAAAAGCAAAAUUAAUAUUUUUAAAAUACUGUGACAAAGAAUGUUUUCUGAUUGUUUUGCAGUACACUGGGGUGAUGUAAUGUUUCGACUAACCAGAUGAAAUAAACUUGAUAAAAAUCG